GUCUAGUUUUGAUGAAUAUAAUAGGCGAAAACUAGCAUUUUAUACAAAUGCACCACCCUUCUUACCCAGUUCACCCCCGACCGGCCAGUUCCGCGAACCCCCUGCGGCAGGGCCGCCCUCUCGGAGACAAGGGGACUGAUCAGAUGGAGACAACGGCACCGGCCGGGGAGACGGACCGGACAGUGGUCGCGGAGACGCCGUGUCGUGUGGGCCAGCUGGAUCGCAAAGGACGAUCACUAGGCGGUCCCAAAACCGCAGUGGUGACACCGCCGUUUGGCUGCUGGCCCCCUCCGACUCGUGACCCUGGCCGGUGACCUGGGACCGCAGCCGGUGACCGGACACCGGUGACCAAGCCUCUUGCUCUGACUGGUGACCUAGGUUAGAUUCCAAACGGUCGAAGUCGGAGGUUUCUUUCCAGACCUCAGAGAAGAAAAAGAACAGGAUGGCGACGGAUUUCCUCGCCGGCUGCGUGGGAGGUGUGGCUGGAGUCGUUGUCGGACAUCCCCUAGACACAGUAAAGGUCCGGAUACAAACACAAUGUUCGGUAAAUCCUACAUACCGCGGGACGUUCCACUGUCUCCAGAGCAUUCUAGUCAAGGAAGGGAUGCGCGGCCUGUACCGCGGCCUCACAUCGCCAAUGUACGGCGUGGCCGCCGUCAACGCGCUCACGUUCGGCAUCCAGGGCAACGUGCGCCGGCUCAUGUCCGACCCCGACUGCCUGAGGUCGCAGUUCACCGCUGGCAUGAUCGCCGGCGGCUGCCAGGCCGUGGUCGUCAGCCCCAUGGAGCUGGUGAAGAGCCAGCUCCAGGUGCAGAGCAGCGUCUCCGGCAUGGGCUCCCGCCACUUCAGCUCGCCCUGGGACUGCUGCCGCCAGCUGUGGGCGCGUUCCGGUGCCCGCGGCCUGAUGCGCGGGUACUGGGUCACCGUGGUGCGCGAGGUGCCCGCGUUCGGCCUCUACUUCGGCACCUACGAGCUGCUCACCACCGGCCUUGUCGGGGAUCAGAGGAAGAGCCUCACGCACAUGCUGAUGGCCGGAGGCGCGGCCGGGGUCGCCUCCUGGGUCUUCACCUAUCCCAUCGACGUGGUGAAGACGCGCAUCCAGACGGACGGCAUGGCCGGCAUCCAGCACUACGACGGCUACAUCGACUGCGUCCGCAGCACGCUGAAGCGCGAGGGCUGGCGCGGCUUCAUGCGCGGCGUCAGCUCGGCGUCGAUCCGCGCCUUCCCGACCAACGCUGUGACCCUGGCCAUGGUCUCGGUGAUCCUCGAGUACGCGCACGACCGGCGGCGGACGCCCGAGCCGCAGCAGGAGGCGGAGUCCCAGCAGCUGCGGCUGCCGCACCAGGAGCGACACCAGCUCGGCCAGCAGCUGGGCCAGCACCUGGGCCAGCAGCUCGGUCAGCUGGGUCAGCUCGGCCAGCAGAAUCUGACCGUCACUCAGGUGACCGUACAGUUGGAGACGAGUGACGGCGGCCUCUCGGCGCGCCGUCGGAAGGCCACCAUCCGACUGGAUGGCCAGAUGGCGCUGGGCCAGCUGCGCAGCCUGCUGGACCGCGAGAUGGCGGCGCUGGGCGGUCAGCUCGGCGGCCAGACGGCGCUGCCCGUCAGCGCCCAGCACUCGGCCGCAGACCCGGCCGUGGCGGCCGCAGCCGCCGCCGCUGCCGCUGCUGCUGCGGCCGCCAAGGCGAGCGGCGUGCGGCGGGCGGUGGCGAUCGACCCGCGGGUGGGCGCGCCAGCCGCCGCCGAGGAGGCCGCUCAGGAGGAGACCGGCGCCGAGGAGGAGGAACAGCUCGAGCUCUCCGACGUGCUGCCCUGCCGCCACGUGCGCCGAGAGACCACCGUCGUCACGCACAUCGUCGAGUACGACGUCGGCGACGACCACAUGUCACGGAUCGUGGAGACGGCCGCCGCCUAGAGGUGCGCGCAGAACAGCCUGCGAGGCUCGCCGUUCCGUCCGGGACGUGGUCCGUCCUUCCAGACAGGGAGAGUAUGUAACGAUUCCGUCCAGGAACGCGGUUCAAUUCCGUCCUCCGGCCAGGUAAAUGGGCCGAUAUGUGUCCGUCCUUGUCUAAGUAUGUGUGUGUGUGUGUGAGAUGAGAAGCGGUAUGUGUGUCUGAUAAAACCGUCUAAUGCGUGCGGAUACGCUUCUCGGCCCGGCCAACUGUGCAAUCACAUAGCAUAAGCUCCCAACCUGGGCGUCAUUUGACAUAGUGACCAAUGUCGGAGUGCGGCUGCUGCUUCCGAUUGCGUUCGACAGUGAUAAUUCAGUUUGUUGGCUGGUUCCACAAGGACGUCAUUUGCUCGUGCGUAAAUCGGAUAACAUAUGCGGAUUAUUAGCGCACUUUUACCAAGUCUUCCGCUGAUCUUCCGCGUCCGUUUACUGCAUGACAGCUUUUCCUAACGUUUCUGCCUUUUUCUAGCCUUUUAACGCGAGAUGUUUUGAUUUGUGAUAUUAUGUAAGGUGCACAAUAAGCGUGUGGAUGCGUAAAGAUGAAUGCCGAUUAUGCUCCAAACUAACCAGGCGUGAUUGAACUGUUGACUUUUCGAACGAAUUUAACUUUUUAGUCGUGUCGUUCACAUGUCCUGUAACUUUUAUACUAAUCAGCGGAGGUUCGCGCUAGUGCCUUAUUUAUGCAUAAUUGUGGGGCGUUUGGGGUCACGUCAGAUGAUGUAUCUCUACAUAAUCGGGACUGGGGACCAAUCUCAUUCAGGUAUAUAUGACAAGGCGCAGGGUCGCCAUGUGCCAAGUUAGGCAGUGACUGUAUUUGCUUGUACGAAAGGAGAAUAAUUCUGCUGACUGGAGCCGCUGAUAUUGAUCAUAAUGUCAAACCAAGUUGCCGAGCUAUGUUAUGCUUGUCAUGUCGAAGUGCCUAUGCAGACUGGAUUGUGGAUUGUUCUGUAUGCCUAAUGCUUAUGGAUGUCUUCACGCAUUCCAUGCGAGAGGUAUUAAAUAUGUGAAUACACUUGCCCGAAUAGAAA